UACCCUGCUACUUUGCCAAAAUCUUCUAUGAGUUCCAACAGUCUCUUAGUAGAGUUCUUUGGGUCCCCUAAAUAAAGAAUCAUGUCAUCUGCAAAGAGGGAUAGUUUGAGUUCUUCCUUCCCAAUUUGUAUCCCUUUAAUUUCUUUUUCUUGCCUAAUAGCUCUGGCUAAAACUUCCAGAACUAUAUUGAAUAGCAGUGGUGAGAGUGGGCAUCUCUGUCUGGUACCAGAUCUCAGUGGAAAUGCUUCCAACUUUUUCCCAUUCAAUAGGAUGUUGGCUGUGGGUUUUUCAUAGAUUGCUUUGAUUGUAUUGAGGAAUGUUCCUUCCAUACCCAGUUUUCUUAGAGUUUUCAUCAUGAAAGGGUGUUGUAUUUUAUCAAAUGCUUUGUCUGCAUCUAUUGAGAUAAUCAUAUGGUAUUUCUUCUGCAGUCUGUUAAUGUGGUGUAUCACAUUGGUUGAUUUGUGAACACUGAACCAUCCCUGCAUAUGAGGGGUAAAUCCCACUUGGUUUGGGUGGAUGAUCUUUCUGAUGUGUUGUUGCAUUCUAUUGGCGAGAAUUUUAUUGAGGAUUUUUGCAUCUAUGUUCAUCAGGGAUAUUGGUCUGUAAUUCUCUUUCAAUGCUGCAUCUUUUUACAGCUUAGGAAUUAAGGUGAUGCUGACUUCAUAGAAAGAAUUUGGGAGGAUUCUGUCUAUUUCGAUUGUUCUGAAUAGUUUGAGAAGAAUUGGAGUUAGUUCUUCUUUAAGUGUCUGGUAGAAUUCAGCAGUGAAUCCAUGUGGUCCUAGGCUUUUCUUUGUUGUUGUUCUACUGUUUCAAUUUCUGUCUCACUUAUGGGUCUGUUUAUGUUUUCUAUGUCCUCAUGGUUCAAUUUACGUGGUUGCAUGUGUCCAGGAAUCUGUCCAUUUCUGAUAGGUUUCCCUGUUUGCUGGUAUACAGGUCCUUGUUAUAAUUUCUGAUGAUUCUUUUUAUUUCUGUGGUGUCUGUUGUUAUGUUUCCUUUUUCAUCUCUGAUUUUAUUGAUUUGGGUCUCUUCUUUUUUUAGUUAGUUGGGCCAGUAGGAUGUCAAUUUUGUUUAUUUUUCAAAAAACCAGCUCCUCGUUUGGCUGAUUUUUUAUAAUUUUUUUUUAUUAUUCAAUCCUGUUGAGUUCUUCUCUGAUUUUUAUUAUUUCUCUUCUCCUACUAGAUUUGGGUCUGGUUUGCUACAGGUUUUCUAGAUGCUUGAGAUGAAUUGAUCUCAUUUAUUUGGUGCCUUUCCAAUUUCUUGAUGUAGGCACCUAUUGAUAUAAACUUUCCUCUUAACACUGCUUUUGCUGUAUCCCAUAUGUUUGGUAUGUUGUUUUGUUAUCCUCAUUUACUUCCAGAAAGUUUUUGAUUUCUCUUUUGAUUUCUUCUGUGACCCAGUGUUCAUUCAGGAGCAUGUUGUUCAAUCUCCAUGUGUUUGCGUAUGCUCUAGGGAUUCUUGAGUUGCUAAUUUCCAACUUCAUUCCUUUAUGGUCUGAGAACCUGCAUGGUAUGAUUCUAAUUCUUUUGAGUUUGUUGAGACUUGCUUUAUGGCCUAGUAUGUGGUCAAUCCUAGAGAAGGUUCCAUGUACUGCUGAGAAGAAUGUAAAUGCUUUAUAUGUAGGAUGAAAAGUUCUAUAGAUAUCUAUUAGAUCCAUUUGGGCUGUAGUGUCGUUUAAAUCUGCUGUUUCCUUGUUGAUCUUCUGUCCUGUUGAUCUGUCUAUUUCUGAGACUGGAGUAUUGAAGUCCCCCAGUACUAUUGUUUUGGGAUCUAAGUCUGCCUUUAAGUCCCUUAACAAAUCUUUUAAAUAAACCGGUGCCGUGUAAUUAGGUGCAUAUAGAUUGAUAAUCAUUAUAUCUUCCUGUUGAAUGGAUCCCUUAAUCAUUAUAUAGUGCCCCUCUUUGUCUCUCUUAACACUUUUUGUGUUAAAGUUUAUGUUGCCCAAUAUUAAGAUGGCUACACCCACUCUUUUUUCAUUUCUGUUGGCAUGGUAUAUCUUUUUCCAGCCUUUCACUUUCAGUCUGUAUGCAUCUUUGUUGGAAAGAUGUUUUUCUUGUAAGCUGUGAAUCACUAGUUCCGGAAGAGUUUCCUCUGCUAUUUCUUCCCCUACUCUUCCCUGAACCUGCAGUAUCUCCACUUUUAUUAAACUGUUUCUCCCCGGACUAUCAGUGUGCUCCCUUCCUAUUCUGCCAUCUUGCCGCACUCCUCUGGGCUUCUUUAUUAAAAAAUUUUUUUAUUUAUUUGAAAAUCAGAAUUCUAGAGAGAGGGGGAGAGACAGAGAUCUUUCAUCCACUGACUCACUCUCCAAGUGGCCCCUCCAGGAGCUUCAUCCAGAUCUCCCACAUGGGUGGCAGGAGCCCAAACAUUUGCCCCAUCUUCUGAUGGUUUUCCCAGACCAUUGGUAAGAAGCUGGAUCAGAAGAGGAGCAGCCAGGACUUGAACCAGCACCCAAAUGGGAUGCUAAUGUCUCACAUAUGCUUUACCCAUUGUGCCACAAUACCAGCACAGGGAAUGCUAGUUUUUUUGUUGUUGUUGUUUUGAUUUGGUGGUGCUAAUGGGAUGGUUGGAGAGAAAAGCAUUCUUGAAAUUGAAGUAGAGCUUUUCACCAAGAUGGCGCCAAAGGUGAAGAAGGAAGCUCCUGCCCCUCCUAAAGUUGAAGCCAAAGCAAAGGCCCUAAAGGCCAAGAAGGCAGUGCUGAAAGGCAUCCACAACCACAAGAAGAAGAAGAUCCGCACGUCCCCCACCUUCCGGCGGCCCAAGACACUACGCCUCCGAUGGCAGCCCAAAUACCCUCGGAAGAGCACCCCCAGGAGAAACAAGCUUGACCAGUAUGCCAUCAUCAAGUUCCCCCUGACCACGGAGUCGGCCAUGAAGAAGAUAGAAGACAACAACACACUGGUGUUCAUUGUGGAUGUCAAGACCAACAAGCACCAGAUAAAACAAGCUGUGAAGAAACUCUAUGACAUUGACAUGGCCAAAGUCAACACCCUGAUCAGACCCGACGGAGAGAAGAAGGCGUGUGUGCGGCUGGCUCCUGACUGUGAUGCUCUGGACGUUGCCAACAAAAUUGGGAUCAUCUGAACGGAGUGCAGCUGGCUAAUUCUAAAUAUAUGUUUUUUCACCAUAAAAAAAAAAAGAAAUUGAAGUAGAGCAGCCAGCAUCACGGCUCAAUAGGCUAAUCCUCUGCCCGUGGCGCCAGCAUACCGGGUUCUAGUCUCGUUAAGGGCGCCAGAUUCUAUCCCGGUCGCUCCUCUUCCUGUCCAGCUCUCUGCUGUGGCCCGGGAAGGAGGAUGGCCCAAGUGCUUGGGCCCUGCACCUGCAUGGGAGACCAGGAGAAGCACUUGGCUCCUGGCUUUGGAUCCGCGCGGUGCACACCGGCCACAGAGGCCAUUGGGGGGUGAACCAAAGGAAAAGGAAGACCUUUCUCUCUGUUUCCCUCUCUCACUGUCCACUCUGCCUGUCAAAAAAAAAAGGAAAUUGAAGCAGAGCUCUACAUAACUCCUGGAGUGCAUCAAUCUUUGCCCAAAUUACAUGAAUUUUUUGAAACAAAUAACUUCUUAGGAGCUCAAUUUAAUUCCCAGUGCAACUUAGUAUCUUGCCUUCUAGUUUGAUCCAAUGAUUGAAAGCUAAAAUAAUGCAGGGGCAUGGCAUCUAACAAAAUUAUGUGCCACACACUGAAAUUUAAAAGAACAAUGCAUUAUCAAAAGGAAUGGCAAUUGACAGUCCCCUAAGUGCCCGGUGGGGAGAAAGAAAACAUUGAUGAUGAUUUGUUUUAGGGACUGGAUUCUUUUCAAAAAUGAUAUCCAGUGACACUAAAUUUGAUUUUUUUUUUGACAGGCAGAGUUAGUGAGAGAGAGAGAGAGAGAGAGAGAGAAAGGUCUUCCUUCCAUUGGUUCACCCCCCAAAUGGCUGCUACGGCCAGUGCACUGCGCCGAUCCGAAGCCAGGAGCCAGGCGCUUCCUCCUGGUCUCCCAUGCAGGUGCAGGGCCCAAGCACUUGGGCCAUCCUCCACUGCCUUCCUGGGCCACAGCAGAGAGCUGGACUGGAAGAGGAGCAACUAGGACAGAACCGGCACCCCAACCGGGACUAGAACCCAGAGUGCCAGCACUGCAGGCGGAGGAUUAGCCUAGUGAGCCACGGCGCCGGCCUAAAUUUGAUUUUUUUUAAACUGUGCAAAGAUCAUUUCAAACUUGUAUUUUAGUCCUGCCCUAUUCUAACUUAAAGUAUCUGCUUCGCAUCGUAGCAAUACAUUCGUUCCUCCAUCCUAGGAAGACCAGGUAAUAUCACCCAUCUUCUCUACCCAAAUCCCUCAUAACAGGGAUGACUGAAGAGCUCAGAGACAGGGAGAGCAAAGCUGUUAUACUUGUGUUACUGUGAAAGCUAACACCGUGGGCGCCACAUUCAAUUCUUAGUGUCAGUGGAUUUGCCAACACUUCACCCCACAAUUGAACUUACUCAUCCAUCACAGGUUUUCCCCCAGGUGCAAAGCCUGCCCUGCUGAAUACAGGAUGUGGCCCAGAAAGCAGACAUGAGUGAUGUUAGCUUACUGUGAGGAAGGCCUUCUGUGCAUUACAGCAUGCCCGUCACGUUAUCCCACACUCAGCAAUCAAAUGCCUACAUUUUCCAAAAAGAGGGAUCUGAGUGUUAAUCGUUCCAAGUCCUUCUUCCUGGAAAUAACAGCAUCAGAGGAAAGUGUCCUCCCCCUGCCAACCUCAAGUAUUUUUCGGGCAACUUCUCUUAAAUGCUCUUUCUAGGUCAAUUCUGUCUGGAUGGGCUCUGGAAGAUACCUGUUCCAGCCUUAGUGCAUGUCUUUAAUCUCAUUCUGAAUCCUCCAGUUUACCAGGUCUUUGUGUUCAAUUCAGUCUCCUUGUUGAUGCAGUUAUGGUCUUAGGGAGCACCCAUCUCCUGUAAGCUCUGUAGCUUCCAAACUCUUCCCUGCUCCUUCCCUCCCUCUGGUCUGCCCAAUUUCUUCCACUCCUCUGUUAUGAUUGUCCAGCCUGUUUCUUCAGCUUCCCCCCUAUUCUUCCUAAGUAGUUCAACCCUAGUAGUCAAAGGACUCCUGCUCCACAGGGGACCAGUCUAGAUUACAUCCUCCAUGCAGUUCCUGGGACUCACCCUAGUCCCAGAGUACUUUACUGAAGGCUCAAUCUGUAGGACACCAAGGAAGGCACGCUUGUGUGAUUAUGAGUGAUGAGGUAACCUUGCAAUAUCAGCAGAAAUUCUCUACUGAAUCCUCUGCUGGUUUCCAUUACACCCACCAAAUUUCAGAGUUUUCCCAACUAUGAUACAUUAAAAAUUUUUCUGAAUAGGAUAUAUCAUUAUAAUUUUAAAAUAUAAAUGUCUACUUCCCCUAUCUCUGAUCUCACUCACAAAGAUGUUCCCCAAGGUCCCUGGAUCAAUGUGGUUUUUCCUGUGUUGGUUCUGGAAUCUUAGAUCUUUGAGCUUCUAAGUGCAUUCCACCCUCCAUCAGCUCUUCCCAGCCAUUUCUCCUUUUAUAGUUUCCCUUUCCUUCUGCUUUCUCAGACUUUCUCCAGACUUGUUUCAUAUUUAUUUUGUGACAGGCACUGUGACAGGAAGAGCUCCCCCAAAAAGAAGUCAAAACCUGUGUCUUCAGCAAGGUGCAGUGUGAAGGCUGAUGGGAGAGACCUAACCUGGGUUAGUGUGGGAAUGGAGGCACUGAAUGCCUCUGAAAUGGGUUUUUGGAGUUAAGGUAGAACCUGGUAGAAGCCAGGUGUAAAUAGGGCAGGUGUGUGAUUAAAUCUGCAGUUGAGAGAAGUCCAAAUGACUGCAGGAGGCAAGACAGGGAUGGUAUGAUAGAUGUUUAACACAUCACAUUCUAGAAGGACGAAUAAGCCAAAAAUCCCACACUUGUGAUUAUUAAUCUCCAUGAUGUGAAUUAUUCCACCAUGAUUGAUUACAAGCUACUAAUAUGACAGCAGCCAUAUAUCCCCAUCUGGCCCAGGUUUAAGCCCUUCUUGGAGCCUAUUCUUAUAACAGUAUCUAUAACAAUGGCCUGAAGUCUGGAUUUUUGUGUUAGAUGGCAGGGCGGGGGCGGGGGUCACCACCAUGAUUGCUCUCUAAAAAGCGUAAACCUAAUAUUUUGCUGCUAUGGUUGGGAUUGCAAAGUAGGACAUUCUCAAAAGUGUAAGUUUCUUUGGUCAUGGUGAUGGUAUUGUUUCACCAGUGAUAAUGAAGUUAUAUUAGUUAAAUAGUUCAUAAGUUAAUAAGUACCCAAGGUGUGCUAGGUGUAAUUUGAUAUGAAUACCUUUCUGACAUUUUGUGUGGACUAGGAAAUCCUUCUAAGAAAGGUGUUAUUUUUUCACUGCCUUCUUUUCCAACUCUUGAUUCUUCUACUUCUCAUUCUUCUUUUUAAAAACAAGAUAAUGGGGCCGGCGCUGUGGCGCAGUGGGUUAAAACCCUGGCCUGCGGUGCCAGCAUCCCAUAUGGGCACCGGUUCAAGACCCAGCUGCUCCACUUACAAUCCAACUCUCUGUUAUGGCCUGGGAAUACAGUAGAAGAUGGCCCAAGUCCUUGGGCCCUGCACCUGUGUGGGAGGCCCCAAAGAAGCUCCUGGCUCCUGGCUUCAGAUUGGCGCAGCUCUGGCCGUUGCAGCCAUUUGGGGAGUGAACCAGCAGAUGGAAGAUCUCUCUCUCUCUCUGCCUCUCCUCUCUCUGUGUAACUCUGACUUUCAAAUAAAUAAAAUAAAUCUUUAAAAAAGGAAAAAAAAAGAUAAUUAGGACCAACACUGUGGUACAGGAGGUUAAGCAGCUGCCUAUGACAUUGGCAUCCUAUUCGAGUGUUGGUUUGAGUCCUGCUUAUUCCAUUCCUGGUCCAGCUCCCUCCUAAUGUGUCUUGGAAGGCAGAAGAAGAUGGUCUAAGUAUAUGGGUCCCUGCCACCCACGUGGAAGACCUAGAAGAAGCUUCUGGCUCCUGGCUUUGGCCUGGCCCAGGCCUGGCAAUUGUGGCCAUUUGGGGAGUGGAUGGAAGAUUGUCUAUCUAUAUCUAUAUCUCUCUCUUCCCCCUUCUCUCUCUCUCUCCCUCUCUGUCUCUCUGUUUCUGCCUCUUUCUUUGCAAAUCGGGCCUUUCAAAUAAAUAAAUAAAUAAAUCUUUUUAAAAAUAAAACCCAGAUAAUUGAAGCUUACAGGUAUUUACCUUCCUUAAGAUACAUUACUAGCAAAUUCAGAGCCAAAAUGUGACCCUAGGUCAUAGCCAAGUCUAGAUAUGGAUGACACUACUCCAGCAUCCCCCCUGAUUUCUUCCCUAGACUUUAUUGUAGGUUUCUCAUUCAUGGAAAUAGAAUAUGCUAGAAUUUCCCUGAAGGAGGCUGAUGGAAGAAUCAAAAUAAGGGCUCUCAAGCUAAGUUCCUUUUCUUGGAAACAGUUUUUCCACAACAGGCAGCCAACUUAGAACUAAGCUCAGGGGCUAGGUCUCUGUGCCCAUCUGUCAUAAAUGGACCUUCGGACCCUACUCCAAGUGACUCCACAUUUGUUUCCCAUUUUCCAUCUGAAUCUCCAACCCUGCAGCCCUCUUGAGUCUUAGGUUGUCACUGCACAAUUGCCCUGAGGUUCCUUUAACUUUCUACCAUGUUUACUCCUGUCAAUACAUCUUUAGUGCCUAUAUUUCCUACCAGAAAGCAAGAAGGUGGAUCUCAUUCUCCCAUGGGUUCCCAGCACUCCCACACUGACCUGCACUUUGUAACAACUGAGCAAUUUAUUUUUG